AUGCGUAGAGGGCUCGCUGCUUCUGGGCUCAUGGCGCCUUCAGCUGCUCCGCUUCGUCCUGUCUCCUCGCCGGCCCGCCCUCAGAGCGUAAGAUGCCGUCUUCAGUUUGUCUUUCUCCUGGUCUGUCUCUCCGUCCAACUGGUUGACUGCGCCUCCCGCUUCCGCUCUUCGUGGUCUGACUAUCCUUCUCUCUCGUCGCCUUCUCCGGCUCUUCGUUUCUGCUCUCCCCCCGUUUCCAAGCUGUUCUCUGGCUGCGCGCUGAACCAAGGAGCGACCCAGCGCCGUCUGACGUCUGGCCUUCGCUCCGUCUCUUGGCGUGUUCCAGUCUGCCGCCGGGACUCGCCGCUGAGGCGCCUGUGUGUCUCUGUGUCGCUGCUCGGCCGGCUGCAGGCGGCCUCUGCGCCUGCCUCUUGCGGUGCGCCGCUUUCGCGUGGGUCUCGAUGUCUCUCCUUUGUCGGCUCUCUUCCCACGAGGUCGUCACACCGGCCUGGCGGCUGCGGACUGCAUUCUUUCUCAGCGCCGCGUGAAGGGCUCGCGGCAUGCGCGUCACGAGCCUUCUUUGGCCCGAGUGAGGCUGGACGGCCUGUCCGAGGGGCGACGCCCUUGGGUGCUUCAAAGUGCUCUCUGCUCAACCUUGUGGAUUUCGCCCCUAUGCGGGUGCCUCCACUGACUGCGGAGGCACUUUUGCACCGCGAAGAAUCACGCGACGCUUUCGCGCUGCAGGUCCAUACCUCUCUUGCCGCUGCGAGGAAGGCGAGAGCGCGGGAAGAGGAAGCGAGGGCGCGGGAAGAGGGAGCGAGACUGGCGAGGAACGGAGUGGCUAGCCCGGAGUAUGCGGACGGCAGUGGCGAAUGGAACUUCCCACCGGCUGCCGCGGUGUCGGCGCUCUCAAACUACCACGCGAUCCUGUACUACGCGACAUGGGAUAGUCGCUGCCAGGCGCUCACACAGGCCCUAGCCGACCUCGCGUCUCUAGCGUGCCCUGACCCGACUUCGUCCACUCCGGCAGGCCCUGCUGCGACGCGAGAUGGGGCAAGAGAAGACGCCAGCGCCGGAGGCAAAGAAGGGACUAGUGCAACCCCGGGGGCAGGUCCUCAGGAGGCAGGACAGAGUGCGGCGGCCGAAGACACACGAGAAGGCCUCCAAGACAUUCUCGCGGCGUGCAUUCCAUGCUGGCUCCCGAUGACCGGGGUUCCGGUGUCAAACAGCCUCGUGAUUGCCGUCGGCAGGCGCCCCCUGCAAAAGCAGACGCGCAUGCUGGCCAACAAAAAGCAACUGCGGCACCACGAGCGCGCUCUCCACCUCAUGAUUUCGGAGGGCAUCUUCUACGGCUCAGGGCACCUGCCUGCCCUUCAGAUCUGGAGACGCAGUGCGGCGGAGGACAGCGCAGGAGGACGCAUGCAAAAUGUAGGCGGAAACGCUGGCGACCCACUGAGAAGGGGAGACUCGCUGGCCGCCCGUCUUAUCCCCACAACCAUAAGUUCUUCGCGGUGGGAGAAAGUCCUCGAGGUACGCGGGUUCGGGCCCAUACCCUUGAUGGAGCUUGCUGGAGGUGAUGCCAGUCCAUGGAAGGAGGAGGAGAGUCUCCUCAUGACGCGUGCUUUGCUGAAAAAGUCUAGAGAGGGCGGAACGAACCACCCAGGGCACGAGGGAAUUCUGUCGGCGGGAAGCGGCGGCUUUCUGGGUGGCGCUAGAGUGGCUGCGGCCGCAGAAAGUGAUCUGCGUGUAUGGCUCUCUCAGCUCAGCUCCAUCUAUCAAUACCACGCCAUGAGAACGCUUCUCAAGCGCCUGCGGUACGCAGAAGACGAAUUCCCCGAGUUCCAAGAGUUCAAUUUGAGAAAGUUCAGUCCCCGUCUGGCGAAACUCAAAGGCUUGCUUAAAGACUGA